CUAAUGUCCAGUACAGUGUGUGCACACUUGGGGCUCAGAAGCUUCUGCUGCCUUCCUUUCUGAAAGGAGAGGGUAAUAUGGGACCAGUGGGACUGUGCCUGUGGAGCAUGUGAUCAAGUCAUGGGCCAGGUCCUCUGACUUCUGCUGACCUGGCCGCCCUGAUCUCUGGCCUCAGAGGACAUCUGCCCAGGGAUUCUCACUGCCCUGGGUGUUGUCCUGCACUCCCAGGCUCUAGGUCCUCAGGAGAAGAGGGCAUUGUCCCCAUAGUGCAAGAGUCAGGAGCCUCUGGUCUUCCUCUUCAGGGCCAAAGCAGACGCUGCGGAGUCAGGGUGCAUGCAAAGAGGAGUUUCCCUGAGGUUACCAGAGGGCUGGGGGCCUAGUGACCAGGAAAGGGUGGUGCAGGCGGUGGUACAGGGGGUAGUGCCCUGAGAGCCCAGCGUGCUUGGGUUAAUCAUCACUGUGGCUCAGAUAAGGCCCUGCCAACUGGAAGCAGAGUCACUGUGACCAGAGGGGUUCGUGUGGCUGAAGAGGCAGGCAGAACAGUGUAUCCACAGCGCGGGACCAUGCCAGCUACAAAACGGUUUCAACAUGUCAUUGAGACCCCGGAGCCUGGCCAGUGGGAGUUGUCUGGGUAUGAGGCAGCUGUGCCAAUCACAGAGAAGUCAAAUCCACUGACCUGGGACCUAGACAAAGCAGAUGCUGAGAAAAUUGUUCGACUGCUGGGGCAAUGUGAUGCUGAGAUCUUCCAGGAGGAGGGGCAAGCUCUGCCCACAUACCAGAGGCUCUACAGCGAAUCUAUUCUGACCACCAUGGUACACGUGGCCGGGAAAGUUCAGGAAGUGCUGAAGGAGCCAGAUGGGGGGCUGGUUGUAUUGAGUGGAGGGGGCACCUCUGGCCGGAUGGCAUUCCUCAUGUCGGUGUCCUUUAAUCAGCUGAUGAAAGGUCUGGGACAGAAACCUCUUUACACCUACCUCAUUGCAGGGGGUGACAGGUCUGUGGUGGCCUCUAGGGAGGGGACGGAAGAUAGUGCCUUGCACGGGAUCGAGGAACUGAAGAAGGUGGCUGUCGGGAAGAAGAGGGUGAUUGUCGUUGGCAUUUCUGUGGGACUCUCUGCUCCCUUUGUGGCAGGCCAGAUGGACUACUGCAUGAACAACACAGCUGUCUUCUUGCCAGUCCUGGUUGGCUUCAAUCCAGUGAGCAUGGCCAGAAAUGACCCCAUUGAAGACUGGAGUUCAACAUUCCGACAAGUGGCAGAGCGGAUGCAGAAAAUGCAGCAGAAACAGAAAGCUUUUGUGCUCAAUCCUGCCAUCGGGCCUGAGGGACUCAGCGGCUCCUCCCGGAUGAAAGGUGGAAGUGCCACCAAGAUCCUGCUGGAAACCCUGUUAUUAGCUGCCCAUAAGACUGUGGACCGGGGCAUUGCAGCAUCUCAAAGAUGCCUCCUGGAAAUCUUGCGGACAUUUGAACGGGCUCAUCAGGUGACCUACAGCCAAGGCCCCAAGAUUGCCACCUUGAUGAAGCACGUCAGCGCCAGUCUGGAGAAGAAAGGCCAUGUGUACUUGGUUGGCUGGCAGACCCUGGGCAUCAUUGCCAUCAUGGAUGGAGUAGAGUGCAUCCACACCUUUGGCGCUGAUUUCCAAGAUGUCCGUGGCUUUCUCAUUGGUGAUCACAGUGACAUGUUUAACCAGAAGGCUGAGAUCACCAACCAGGGUCCCCAGUUCUCCUUCUCCCAGGAGGACUUCCUGACUUCCAUCCUGCCCUCCCUCAUGGAAAUUGACACUGUGGUCUUCAUUUUCACCCUGGAUGACAACCUCAUGGAGGUGCAGACUAUAGUGGAGCAGGUGAAAGACAAGACCAGCAACAUCCAGGCCCUGGCACAUAGCACCGUGGGGCAGUCCUUGCCGAUUCCUCUGAAGAAGCUCUUUCCCUCCAUCAUCAGCAUCACAUGGCCACUGCUUUUCUUUGACUAUGAAGGGAACUUCAUCCAGAAGUUCCAACGUGAGUUAAGCACAAAAUGGGUGCUGAAUACAGUGAGUACAGGUGCUCACGUGCUUCUUGGUAAGAUCCUGCAAAACCACAUGUUGGACCUCCGAAUUAGCAACUCCAAGCUCUUCUGGCGGGCACUGGCCAUGCUGCAGCGGUUCUCUGGACAGUCCAAGGCUCGAUGCAUCGAGAGCCUCCUCCAAGCAAUCCACUUUCCCCAGCCACUGUCAGAUGAUAUUCGGGCUGCUCCCAUCUCCUGCCAUGUCCAGGUUGCGCAUGAGAAGGAACAGGUGAUCCCCAUCGCCUUGCUCAGCCUCCUAUUCCGGUGCUCGAUCACUGAGGCUCAGACACACUUGGCUGCAGCUCCUUCUGUUUGUGAGGCUGUCAGGAGCGCUCUUGCUGGGCCAGGCCAGAAGCGCACAGCAGACCCCCUCGAGAUCUUAGAGCCUGCUGUUCAGUGAACUGGUGUUUCUGGUUGGGUGAAAGGGGCCCAACCCUGCCCACUCCAGCCCAGCCCACCCAAGGGACUUGUGCCAGCAGCACACGCGGGAGGGAGAAGCCCCGUUUCUAGGGGCACCAGCAGCCCAGGGUGGAGAGAAGGAUUCUCUCCACUCUGGGGGAGAGUUCUUGCUCUUGACCUAGUGGUUUCUACUUUCAUUCAAUUAUUCUGAUUUCAGAAAUAAAAUGAAAUGUCUUAUUUUGGAAAGUUAA